AUGGAAGCCCAGCUCCAAAACACCGCCGUCACGGCUGACUCCCCGCUUCCCUCGCCCAUCAUCACCACGCCGCGCCUAAUAAUCCGCGCCAUGCAUCCCCAAGACGACAUCUCCAUGCAAGCCGCCGCCGCCCCGGCCAGCAUAACGAAAUACAUGACCCUCAACUUCGCGCACCCCUAUACGCUCCAACACGCGCGAGACUGGAUAUCCCUCCACCUCGCUCCCCGGCCCAAUGCCUUCGUCCUAUGCCUGCCCAGCGACCCUAGCAGCGUAAUCGGCGGCAUCGGGCUAAAGCCCGGGUCGGAUGUGCAAUCCCACGCCGCGGAGAUGGGGUACUGGAUCGCGGAGCCGUACUGGGGACAGGGGCUGAUGAGCGAGGCGCUGGAAGCCAUGACGGAGUGGAGUUUGAGUGAGUGGGAGGGCGAAGGGGGUAGGAAGUUGAGCAGGCUGUCGGCAUCAGUUUUCGAGGGGAACACGGGGAGUAUGAAGUGUCUGGAGAAAUGUGGGUAUAGGAAGGAGGGCGUGCUGAGGGGCCAUGUGGAGAAGCAUGGGAAGACGAUGGAUUUGCAUGUUUUUGGUUUGACGAAGGGGGAUUGGGAGGAGCGGAAGAAGGGUAAGCAAUAUGGGAAGAACUAA